AUUUGGAAGCAGAGGAUGAUGCAAAUGGGGGCUGUGAUAGAAGAGCGCUUCUCAAAACGUGUUACUCAUCUUUUCGCCGUCGACUCACAAACCCUUCUACAUGAACUCGAUAGCCACCGCUUGUUACGUUUUAAAGGGGUUCGCUUUUUUUAAUUUGUACUGGAUUCAGUUAUAUGUAGUACUUACACUCUGCAAGGUGUUUGACAAUAUGCCGAUACUACACAUAUUGUUGCAUUUAUUCAUUUCAUUACCAUUUACUUAAAUUGCGUGUUAAUGUUGUGUAUGAUGUUUAUGCUUCAUCUGUUGAGUUUAUUAUUGUUUCAUGAGGUGAAAAAAAUGCUAACUACAUCUGAGGGUCCCAAUUUAAUGUUGUGUUCUGAAUAUCUUAAAACCAUCAAAAUGGAAAUGGAUUAACAGUAUUUGAAUGGCCUAAUCAUGUUGAGAGUUCUCCAAUAUCAAUGGCUGGAGGAAAGUUUGAAGUCAGGGGAGAAAUUAUCUGAGGAUCUGUAUGUACUGAAUUUGGAUCCUCAAGGGGAAGGUAUCAAUGAACAUGACAAGUCUUUGGAUUCCAAGUCAACUGAUGGGAGCAUUUCUAGCGAACCUCAACAAUUACAAAAUAAGAAGAUCAAAGUAUCUUCUGAUGAUACCGAAGUCGUAAACCUUUAUAGUAACAGAGAUAAAAAAGAAAAUGCACCACUUUCAUCAACAAGCACGACAAACAGUCACGGUGAAAAUGAGAGUUUAAAUAACACUGAGAGAAGAUCACAACACCUUGAUGCUGAAAAUGAAAAUGAGGCAUCGUCCUUGCCGUACUGUCCACCUGAUCUAAACAAGAACAUCACAGAGAUAUUUGGGAAACUUGUGAAUAUAUAUAGAGCAUUGGGGGAGGACCGGAGAUCGUUUAGCUAUUACAAAGCUAUUUCGGUGAUUGAGAAGUUGUCAUUUAAAAUUGAAAGUGCAGAUCAGAUAAAAAACCUCCCGUCAAUUGGAAAAUCAAUGAAGGAACAUAUUCAGGAGAUAAUCACUACUGGGAAGUUAUCGAAAUUGGAACACUUUGAAACUGAUGAAAAGGUGCAAACAAUAUCUUUAUUUGGAGAAGUUUGGGGUGUAGGCCCAGCCACAGCUCUGAAAUUGUAUGACAAAGGGUACCGUACAUUAGAUGAUCUUAGGAAUGAUGAUUCACUUACAAAUGCACAGAAGUUAGGAUUGAAAUACUUUGAUGAUAUCAGGCAACGGAUUCCACGCCAUGAGGUUCAAGAGAUGGAACGCAUUUUGCAGAAAGUUGGGGAGGAUAUUUUACCUGGGGCUAUCAUUAUUUGUGGAGGAUCAUAUCGACGCGGGAAAGCUACCUGUGGGGACAUUGAUAUCAUUAUAACACAUCCUGAUGGAACAAGUCACAAAGGAUUUUUGCUCAAGUUUGUCAAGCGUUUAAAGGAUAUGAAUUUCCUGAGGGAAGAUUUAAUUUUUAGUACUCAUAGUGAAAAGGGCGAUGAUUCUGGUGUUGACACAUACUUUGGUUUUUGCACUUAUCCUGGACGGGAGUUGCGGCAUCGUAUUGAUUUAAAGGUAUACCCAAGAGACAUAUAUGCUUUCGGACUUGUAGCUUGGACCGGAAAUGAUGUAUUAAAUAGGAGGUUGAGGCUGCAAGCAGAAUCUAAAGGAUUCAGGCUUGAUGAUACAGGGUUGUUUCCUGCUAUUCAGGGUUCUGGUGGCAAACGGGGCACAAAAGGUACUGCAAAUAUGAAACUGUAUACAGAAAGGGAGGUGUUUGAUUUCCUUGGUUUUCCUUGGCUUGAACCACAUGAAAGAAAUCUCUAAAUACUGGAAUAGUUUGGUUAGUCUUCUAGAAGUAUGAGAUACAACAACGUCUUAAUGGUCUCUAGCUUGAUUUUGGUGGGCUCUGAAAUCCAAUGCUUCGUAAAUAUAUAUGUAGGAAGGAAACCAGAUUACAAUUCUGGCGUCAUCUUCAUUGAAAAUAGAUCAAUGGGUUGAAUGUUGUUUUUGUUUAAAAUGUAUAAAGUUCAACAUUAUGACUACACUUUUAAACAAAGUGAGAUUGGAUCAAAAUGAAGAAUGAAAGUUAAAAUAUGCUGAUCCUAUUGAGUUUUACUUGAAUUUUUUCAUAAUAUAAAAUUUGGGGUUUAGAGAACAAUUUGGUGAUCAAAUUGUUUAAGUCUCUGCAGGG